AUGAAUAACAAUAACCCCGCCUACACUCACCCAUCCCCAGGUCCAGCGGCCUACGAUCCAGCCGCGGAUAUCAUCCCUGUCGAACAGAAUGACAUCAUCAGACUCAAGAUCUUUGUUCCGUUGGCCACCUUGACUGCAAUGUUUUCGAAUCUUGUGUGCGCCUUGCUCAUUGAGCCUUCAAUGGGUGACAUCAAUGAUCGGUAUUACACUCUACUCACUCCCAGUAAGAUCCUCGUCGGAUUUUACUGGAUGGUAAUCUUUGCCUGUCAAUUCGGUAUGGCUUUCAUGGUGGUUUGCACUUCCAACCAACGCUACCGAACCGAAGAAACAAAGCAGACCUUUGUCCAUGCCAUCGGAAUGACCUAUGUCGUCGCUCUGUUUGGUUUUGCUCUUUGGCCUAUCUUCUGGGCAGCAGAACUUUUUGUCGUGGCGACCGCACUUCUUCUCGUGGUCUUCCUCCUGAUGACCUAUACACUUCACUCGAUCUGGAAACAUUCGCCGCCUUCCUUCACUUCCAAACCUUUCAGUUUCAUCUUCAUCUACAUUCCCGUCCAGCUCUUUCAGACCAUCCUAUUCACUGUCGAUCUUCCUCAAUCAAUCCUCAUCUCCUUGAAAUGGUACCGAUCCCCGAUUGACCACACCUGGGAGAAGCAUUUUUCGACUCAUGCUUGGAUCACAUUUGGCGUCGUCUUGCUGAUUGGAGUUGCCAACGCGUUCGCAGUAUACCGAGCCAAGGAUUUGAUCCGCAUGCUUGCGGUCGUCUAUCUAUCGAUUGGUCUACUGAUCAACAGCAAGGGAACUCUUCAGAAAGUGGCAGAUGCGCCCCAAGUAAUUACCGCUUUGAUCGCCGGUGCCGCCGCCUGCGUCGUCUGCUUCAUUGCCAGUUUCGUUGAUUUCGGGUCUAGAAGAAAUAGGAUUAUUCUCCUGGACGAAGAUGAGCGCGAGGAGGAGCCAAUACAAAGAUGA